AUGGAGGACGAGAGGCUGCGGAUCAGCCCCCGGCUUCCCUCCGCCCCCCUCAGGCGGCCCUCUCCCCCAUGUCCCGCAGUGUACCUCUGGGACCAGCCGGAGGAGGGCGGCCUGGGCAUGCUGCUCAGCCUAGAGGAGCAAGUGCUGAACUCCACAUUCCAGGCCUGUGACCCCCAGAAGACAGGCACUGUGACUGUCACCCACGUUCUGGCUUACCUGGAGGCAGUGACCGGAAGGGGCCCUCAGGACGCACGCCUCCAGACCCUGGCUUGCAGCCUGGACCCCAAUGGGGAGGGCCCCAAGGCCACUGUGGACUUGGACACCUUCCUGGUUGUCAUGCGGGACUGGAUCGCUGCCUGUCAGCUGGAUGGGGGAUUAGAGCUGCAGGAGGAGACGGUCUUCGAGGGGGCCCUCACCUCCCAGCAGGUGCCAUCUGGGUGCCCAGAAGCCGAGGAGCCAGCCAGCCUGGAGAGCUUCGGGGGCGAAGACCCCAGAACAGAGCUGCCAGCCACGGCGGACCUGCUGAGCAGCCUGCAGGACCUGGAGCUCGGCAACCGGCGGCUGGCCCGGGAGAACGCCAAGCUGCAGCGCAGCGCCGAGACGGCCGAGGAGGGGGCCGCGCGCCUGGGCGAGGAGCUGCUGGCCCUGCGCAAGCAGCUGCGCAGCACCCAGCAGGCCCUGCAGUUUGCCAAAGCGGUGGGUGAGGAGCUGGAGGACCUGAAGACUCUGGCCAAGAGCCUGGAGGAUCAGAAUCGCGGCCUUCUGGCCCAGGCCCGGCAGGCGGAGAAGGAGCACCAGCAGCUGGUGGCUGAGAUACAGACUCUGCAGGAGGAGAACGGGAAGCUUCUGGCCGAGAGGGAUGGAGUGAAAAAAAGGAGCGAGGAGCUGGCCACCGAGAAGGAUGCUCUGAAGCGGCAGCUCCGUGAGUGCGAGAGCCUCAUUUGCCAGCGAGAGGCCGUCCUCUGCGAGCGCACUCGCCACGCAGAGAACCUGGCCAAGACCCUGGAGGAGUACCGAGCGACCACCCAGGUGACCCAGCCGCUGCCCUCCUCUGGGCGUCCUGGGACGGCCUCCGCGCGACCUUGCCCAGCAGCCUCCAGGCAGCUGCUGUCCGCCUCCCUCCCACCGCUGCCCUCACCGUCUGCCUUCUCGUGGCCCUCCCGACCUGAGAAACAACUUCUCUGGCAACAGGAAGUGGCAGCCUUGGGCCUCGGCAGCCCUCUGUGCGGCGUGUGGCAAUGGGAAGACGCGGUCAGUGAGGCCGGGGAGGACGCGGCGCCUCCGCCUGAAGCCCCACAAGGAGGACACCCGGCAGCCCUUACCUGCUCUCCCCCACAGAGAAGGGGCCAGGCAGAGUCGGAAGGAAGGAAGGAGCAGUUGAUGUGCUGUCGCCCCAGGUUACCCGCAAGGGAAGAAGAGGAAGCAGGGACCCUGGUCCUGGCCGAUCUCCCCAUGCCUCAGGGAGCCACCCACCCGGGAGAUGGCCUGGAAAGCCCUGAGAGCACUGCCCAGCCGGAACUGCGGGGAGCCUUGGUGCCAGUGGUGAAGGAGCUGGUGGCAGCCAGGAGCCCGGUCUGGAGCCAGCUCAAGCUGCAGCCCCAGCCCCCCCAGCGGCUCAGGGUCACUCGGCACCUCCUGAUCCCCACGCCAGUCCUGGGCCUGCUGCUGCUGCUGCUGCUCUCGGUGGUGCUGCUGGGCCAGUCCCCGCCCCCCAGCUGGCCCCACCUCCAGCUCUACUACCUGCAGCCUCCCCCAGUGUGAGCCCCCCUGGAGCAACGUCUGUUCAAUGAACUCCCAAGGCGCCCUCUACCCUUGCCCACUGUUGUACCCCCUUACUGGGACUCCCCCUACCAGGGCCCCGACACGGUGCCCCGGGGUCUGCACCCCCAGGGUGCGUGUUUACCUGAAGUCUCCCGAGUUUGCUUGGUGGCUACACUUCCUAUGAGCAGCCCCCAUCGUGGGUUACAGCAGCGGGGUGGCCGGGGCUGGAGCGCUUGGCUCCCCAAUUCUCGCAGCCCUUCGGUCACGCUCAGGAGGUGGCGGCCAGCAGCUUCAUGUCACAUCGCAGGGACAAGGGGACACAUCCUUUUUGACAAAGCAAGUGGCAGCCACCCCAAAGCCAGCAGCAGCCUGGGUUCAUGUGUCACCAUUUGGAUGACACUCGCUGCAGGGGAGGCUGGGCGACGAACACCUCUCCUGGCAGAAAAGGGGCGAAGGGGAGGCGGUCAGGCACACCUACAGGUGUCAGCAGCACGCGAAGGGCCUGCGGAAGUGACCCGUCCGCCUUUGCUGUCUCCGCGAGCGGUAGUGACUGUCCAUGGCCGCUGGCCCUUGGGCGACAAAGCUGUGGAAAGGCCGUGGGCGCUGCCUGGGUGGGGGGCGGGAGUGGGUUUUCUCCCAAGAUGGCGGGAGCCCGGAAAGGUUUUGGUUCUUGUUGUGGGUUACUUAAGCUUCACGAGGCACAACUUUCAUAGAAAUAAAUGGA